AUGGCUAUUCAUCGUGUCCUGGCUCUUUUGGGCCUUUGGUUAGGCCUCGCUGCAGCUAUCCCUUCAUCCCACAUUUAUAAAAGAUCCGUAUCUUCUCAACCCCUACCACCAAGUGAGGAUCCAUGGUAUUCUGCUCCCGACGGUUACGAGGAUGAAGAACCAGGCACUGUGCUUCGUCUGCGUCCUGCACCAGGAAACCUGACCUCAAUCGUCGGCAACAGCUCUGCCAUCUACAACAUUCUAUACCGUACAACGGACAGCCAGUACAAAGCCUCAUGGGCCGUCACAACGCUCUAUGUUCCCAAGCUAGGAUCAAACAGUUCAGCUGCCCGCGUGUUCAACCAGAGCGCUGUUAUUUCGUACCAGGUACCCUACGACUCGGCUGACGUUGACGCCAGUCCCAGCUACACUGCCUACUCUUCCGGUGGCACUGACCUCUUUAAUCUUGCUUUGGGUCUGGGCGUCUUUCUCAACGUUCCUGACUAUGAAGGUCCUUUGGCUUCCUUCACUGCUGGUGUCAUCUCAGGACACGCAACUCUUGAUUCCAUUCGUGCUGUCCUUUCUCUAGGCCUUGGCCUCAACGCCACCUCUCCCCGUGUCGCACUCUGGGGAUACUCCGGAGGCGCAUUGGCAAGCGAGUGGGCUUCUGAGCUCGCGGUGCAGUACGCACCCGACCUGCAGGAAACUGUCGUCGGCGCUGCUAUUGGUGGUAUUACACCCAACAUCACCGCUGUGGUUGAGAGCAUUUCCGGGAAAGAUGCAGCAGGCCUAGCACCUAGUGGUAUUAUUGGAAUUACAAGCCAGUAUCCCGAAGUGCAAAAGUAUGUCAUUUCCAAGCUCAAGACAGAGGGACCUCAGAAUAAGACUGGGUUCCUGGCUGUAAAGGGCUUCACCGUUCAGGAAGCCGGGGCCGCAUACGCGGGAGUCAACAUCUUUGACUUCUUUAAAGACGGCAUGGGUUUAUUCCGCGAUCCCAAGGUUCUAAAGGUCAUUAACCGUGAUGGCAUCAUGGGUUAUCACGGCAUCCCUCAAUGGCCCAUCUUUGCUUACCAAGCUGUCCACGAUGAAAUCAGCCCCAUCGCCAACACGGACAAGUUGAUUGAGCGAUACUGCGCCGUCGGAGCCAACAUCUUGUACCAGCGGAACUCCGUUGGAUCACACUCUGAGGAAUUUUAUCUCAGCGCUGCUCCCGCUAUUCAGUGGCUGGCGACUGUUUUGACAGGCCAGUAUGCAAGCGUGUAUAAGACUGAGGGAUGCACAAUCCAGAACGUAACGAGAAACAGCACUGCACUUCCUUUGAAGAAGAGGAAUGCGCCAAACGGAGUGUUUAAUUUAUGGUAG